GUUUUUCAAUGAGACACACGAAGAAGAAAAGGAAAAGGAAGAAGGAGGAUCUGACGCGCUCAGCGAUGGCCUCGAUGGACUCGCUGCUGCUGUCCACGUCCGAGGCGGCGCCGUCCUACCUCAGUACGGCCGACUAUUACCCCAGAAAAUUGGGGCCCAAGCCCGAUGUUGUUCCGACCGGCGUGACCGAGCGAAAGGUGGGCCCGCUGGACAAACCGGACAUGGUUGCGGUGGACGUCAUCAACGUCAGCGAACACGAAAUGCCCCCAAUGCACAAGAAGAAACAUGACACGUAUGUCCUGGGCACGAUCCAUCCCUUCAGGAAGACCCACAGGUCUUUACCUGGAAAACUCAUGCAAGAAUUGCGAUUGGUCACGUCUGACAGACGGUCCUGGAGGAUUCUGCUGUUUGGUUUCCUCAACCUGAUGUGCACCGCCUGUCUGCUCGUGUGGUGCAGCUCCACCAACAGCAUGGCUCUGACAGCCUACACCUACCUGACCAUCUUUGAGCUCUUCAGCUUGGUCACGUGUCUGAUCAGCUCCUGGGUGAGCAUGAAGAAGCCCAGCCAGGUCUUCUCCUUCGGGUUUGACCGUCUGGAGGUUUUGGCCGUUUUUGCGUCCACUGUGCUGGUCCAGCUGGGAGCCUUGUUCAUCCUCAAGGAGAGCUUCGAGCGCUUCAUGGAGCAGCCGGAGGUCCACACCGGCCGCCUGCUGGUGGGCACCUUUGUGGCUCUCCUCUUCAACCUGCUGACUCUCAUGUCGGUACGCAACAAACCCUUCGCCUGCGUGUCCCAAGGUACGUCAACACUUGCGGCACGCAUGUUUUCCUGCUUAAAUGAGAAGAAUAAUCCUCGGCGUCACGAGGGAAGCGGGGACAAUUCGAUUUUGCGCUGGAUUAUGUUUAUUGUGAUGAUGAUGAUGAUGAUGAUGAGGGAUGACAUCAUGUCGCCGAGGUUCAACGGUGACACCGUGGUCAUAAUAAUGCCGUCAGGUCGACAAAAAGGCGGCCCGGUAGUCCAGUGGUUAGCACGUGGGCUUCACAGUGCAGAGGUACCGGGUUCGAUUCCAGCUCCGGCCUCCCUGUGUGGAGUUUGCAUGUUCUCCCCGGGCCUGCGUGGGUUUUCUCCGGGUGCUCCGGUUUCCUCCCACAUUCCAAAAACAUGCAUGGUAGGCUGAUUGGACGCUCUAAAUUGUC